AUGUGCUAUGGGCCUGAUGCGGGUGACCCGAGGCUGCGUAACAACAUUGCGCAAUGGCUCACCAAGUUCUACAAGCCUGCGGACCCAGUAUCCAAAGAACGCAUAUGCGUUUCUGGCGGGGCUUCCCAGAACCUAGCCUGCCUACUUCAAGAUUUCACAGACCCGGUAUAUACAAGGAAUGUUUGGAUAGUAGCUCCGGCGUAUAUGCUUGCAUUCCGUAUAUUCGAGGAUGCUGGGUUCCACAAAAAGCUCCGGGCCGUGCCUGAGGAUAAAGAGGGUAUUGACAUGUCGUAUUUGAGGGACCAGAUUAGGCAGAGCGAAGAGAAAGCAAAAUCCGAAAAUAACAAUGAACCGCAAUUCAAACCUCCGAGGGCUUCGAAUAAGAUUUACAAACAUGUAAUCUAUGCGGUGCCAGGAUUUUCCAAUCCCAGUUCCAAGACGAUGAGCCUGAGCAGAAGAGAGGAGUUAGUACGUCUGGCACGAGAAUACGAUGCCCUUAUCAUCACAGACGACGUAUACGACUUCCUGCAAUGGCCAUCAAGUCUCAACCCUAGUACACUUUCCAUCGAGAAAGCUAGUUUGCCCCGGAUCGUCGACGUCGACAGGUAUCUCGACGGAGGCGCCGAAAGACAUGGCGCAGAUGGCUUCGGUAACGCAGUCUCAAAUGGAUCGUUUUCCAAGAUUUUUGGCCCCGGUUUACGUACGGGUUGGUGUGAAGGAACGCCCAAGAUGACAUAUGGGGUAUCGCAAACAGGAUCUAGCCGUUCGGGGGGAGCACCCAGCCAGCUGACAGCCUGUUUUGUGGCCGAGACACUGGAGACAGGAGAGCUCCAACGCUACGUGUAUGACAGACUUCAGCCAACAUAUGGUAAUCGGUAUCGCCGAAUGCUGGAAGCGAUUAACCAGCACCUCAUCCCACUGGGCGUUCGCGUUCCCCAAACCGAUCGCGAAGUCGUCGGCGGAUAUUUCAUCUGGCUGACGUUGCCUUCUCCGCUGAAAGGUGCAGUGGUAGCACAACGCGCAAAGGAAGAUGAGAAUCUGGCAGUCGCACAGGUACCCGGCGACACCGGACAUGACGGCACGUCUUUUAGCAACGACAUUAGAGUUUGCUUUGCGUGGGAAGAGGAAGACAUGCUUGCUGAAGGCAUCGAGCGACUUGCCACAGUCAUUAGCCGCAUGCUAAAUGAAGAAGCCAAUGGAGGUCAGCCAACUCAUCGUGCGGCUGCCCAAGAAGAGGACGCGAAGAACUUGUGGUGA